AUGGCCAAGUUCUCCCAGCAUUCUCUCUCCACAGGCUGGAAGUUCAGGGAAAGAGACGAUCAUAUAGAGAAGGCAUGGAUGUCUGCACCCAGAAUUCCAUCCGUCGUCCAUCAGGACCUAGAAGCAAACAACCGACUAGAAAAUGUCCUUAUCGGAUUCAACGAACUAAAAGCCAGAUGGAUCAAUGAAAAGUCCUGGAUAUACAGGAACGAAUUCCAGAAACCCGCCAUCCCUCGCGGAUGCUCCGUGGCAUUGGUAUUCGACGGACUGGACACCUUUGCAAGGGUCAAGCUUAAUGACAAGAUCAUAUUAAAGAGCAACAAUAUGUUUCUUGCAUAUCGGAUCGAUGUAACUGAUGAAUUGCGAUCGAAGGAUCGACAUGUUCUGGAAAUCGAAUUCGAUUCUGCUUUCCUUCGAGCAAAGAGGAUCCAGGAGCAAGAUCCCGGUCACAAUUGGGCGAGCUUCAAUGGUGAUCCCUCCCGGCUUUGUGUGAGGAAGGCUCAGUACCACUGGGGGUGGGAUUGGGGUCCUCUGUUAAUGACCGCAGGUAUCUGGAGGGAUGUUAGGUUGGAGGUGUAUUCAGGACGGGUCUCGGAUUUGCGAAUCAACACGACUCUAGGUGCGGAUUAUCAAACUGCUGAGGUCGCUAUUUUUGCUGAAGUCGAUUCCGUGCUUCCUGGUUCUUACAAGAUGCAAUUCACUUUAUGCCUGCAUGGCAAGGAAGUCGCCCAGGAUAAAGUACUCGUAACAGACUCGACCGCCAAAGCAUCGUUCCAUCUCAAACAGCCAUCUCUCUGGUGGCCUCAUGGGUAUGGGGAGCAAGCGCUCUAUGAGCUCUCAGUGUCUUUGACGAAUGGCAAAGAUGAACUUUAUCAUGUCACAAAGAGAUUUGGUAUUCGAACGGCUGAAGUCAUCCAACAGCCCGAUAAACAUGGCAAAUCAUUCUUCUUCAGGAUAAACGGAGUGGACAUUUUCUGCGGUGGUUCUUGUUGGAUUCCUGCCGAUAGCCUCCUUCCGACUAUUACACCAGAAAGAUAUCGAAAGUGGAUUGCAUUGAUGGUCGCUGGCAGCCAGGUAAUGGUCAGAGUCUGGGGCGGUGGAACCUACGAAGACGACAGCUUCUACGAUGCCUGCGACGAACUAGGCAUUCUGGUAUGGCAAGAUUUCAUGUUCGCCUGCGGAAAUUAUCCGACAUGGCCGACCUUGCUCCAAUCAAUCCGAGACGAAGCCGUUUACAACGUACGCAGGCUCCGACAUCAUCCCUCGAUUGCCAUAUAUGUUGGAAAUAAUGAAGAUUAUCAAGUCCAGGAGCAGUCAGAGCUCACGUACAACUACGAAGACAAAAACCCAGAGAACUGGCUCAAGACGGAUUUUCCAGCUCGCUACAUCUACGAGAAACUUCUACCAGAUGUGGUCAAGGAACAUUCUCCGAGUACCUUCUAUCACCCUGGGAGUCCUUGGGGCGAUGGAAAGCAAACUUCUGAUCCCACCGUUGGUGAUCUGCACCAGUGGAAUGUUUGGCAUGGAACGCAGGAGAAAUAUCAAAUUUUCAACACGCUAGGCGGCCGAUUUAAUAGCGAGUUUGGCAUGGAGGCAUUCCCACAUACGUCUACUGUGGAUUACUUCGUCGAGAACGAGACCGACAGAUAUCCAGAGUCACACGUAAUAGACUUUCACAACAAAGCUGCAGGCCAUGAGCGGAGGCUUGCAACAUAUCUCGCCGAGAAUCUUCGAACAGCAGCCGAUAUGGAGACAUAUAUCUACCAAACACAAGUCAUCCAAGCCGAAACAAUGACAUAUGGAUACCGCAGCUGGCGCCGCCAAUGGGGAGAUGAGAGACAUUGUGGCGGUGCUCUACUAUGGCAACUCAACGACUGCUGGCCGACAAUCUCCUGGGCGAUAGUCGAUUACUUCCUUCGCCCGAAGCCGGCAUACUACGCUGUGGCGCGAGUACUUAGACCCCUAGCUAUCGGCGUCUACAGAGAACACCACGAUUGGAGUGUGGCACAUGCACAGCCACCGAAGACAAGCAAAUACAGCCUAUGGAUCGCUAGCAGCUUACAGAGAGAUCUUACUGGAAGAGUCGAGCUGAGGUUUAUCUCCAUCAACACCGGUCUUGAAGUUCGCGAUCCCAUCGUCCGAGAUAAUCUCUGGGUGGUACCCAAUGGCACGACAGAUAUUGUUGUCGACGGUAUUAUUGACCAUACUGUAUACCCGGAACCUCAUGUUUUGGCUGCAAGACUAUGGGUUGAUAACCGUCUUGUUGCACGCGACGUGGAUUGGCCACAGCCACUGAAGUAUCUUGAUUUCUCAGACAGGGGUCUCGAGGUGAAGAGAACAAUCGAACCCACGGGACAACAGAGACUGGCCAUCACUGCGAGGAAACCGGUAAAAUGUUUGGUCUUUGAGGAAAGGGAUGGCGUAACGCUUAGUGACAGUGCUGUGGAUGUUGUACCAGGGGACGAGCAGAUAGUAACAGUGAUCGGGCUGAGAGAGGAGGAAAAACCUUUGGCAUGGAAAUUCCUUGGCCAGUAG